AAAAAAGAAAGGUUUUUGGGGUUGGGGAUAGAGCUACUAUUUCACUAAUUGAUUCCUUAUUUAAGGAUUUUGUCAAAAACAGUGAUCCACGGUAUAACUUUGAGAAUUCUUUUAAUUCUGUAAGGCAAUCCGAUCCAGUCAUGCCUAAUUUGAUUCUCAAGACUUUUGGAACCUCUUCUACAGAGGAAGAAAUAGUCAAUUUGGAAACAACUUAUUGUCAACCGUUUUCAGAUAUAAAUAGAAAUAUAUAUGAUUCAGAAGAAAAUCACUUUCAUGAAUAUCCUAAUUUUAAUUUAAAUAUGGAUUUGGUUGACAUUCCCUGUUCUGAUAAAUAUUUUUCAUUUCAAAACAAAAAAAAAUCGAAAAAAAGGCGCUGCGUUUCAGAAAAGACGGAUGGCAACAACUUUUCAUAGAGAGAAUUUUUUUUCCAUUCUAUCAGAAAAAUUAAAUCUUUUCCAAAUCAAUUUGCCAAACUUCUUCACUUUGACAGGGUACAAAUAUCUCAAUUCUCUAUUGAUAGAUAUAGUUUCAAUAUUAAAUAGUAGGAUAUCUAUUUAUUGGGAAAUUUUGGAUUUAUUAUGGCAAAUUGUUAAGAUGAAAUUGUUGCCCUUUUUUAUAACAAGUGAAAUCUCAAGUAAGUGGUUACAUAAUCGUCUUCUGGCGAGCGAAAGGUUGCAACGAAAUACUAAAACAUCAACAUAUUUUAGAUCACCAAGUGGAUCACCAAGUGGUUGGGCUUUUUUCGUUUCAAUUCCUUUCCUUCUUAUUGGUGUUAGUUAUCUC